UUGAGUUUUGUGUUUUUGCCCCAUUCCUUUGUCGAGGGGAAUAUCCUUUGUUUUACUUCUUGUCUUCGGGGCUGAGAAUCAGAAUAUUUCUGCCAGAAGGAAAGACUGAUUCCGCAGGUGUUAGCAGCAACUUUCAAAAUAGGAGCCAGAAUGUCAUCUGUGAGAAGAGCAACCCAUGCUGGCAGCUGGUACUCAAAUUCUGACCGUGAGCUGGGAGACCAGCUUGAGAAGUGGCUUAAUGCAGCUGAUCUCUGCCAUGGACCAGCUCGUGCCAUCAUUGCGCCGCACGCCGGCUACUCGUACUGCGGCGCGUGCGGCGCGUUCGCGUACCGCCAGGUGUCGCCCAUCUGCGUGAAGCGGGUCUUCAUCCUGGGCCCGUCGCACCACGUGCGGCUGAGCGGCUGCGCGCUCUCCUCGACGCUCAAGUACAGCACGCCGCUGUAUGAUCUCACGUUAGACCAGGGCGUCUAUGACCAGUUGUAUGCCACGGAGCAGUUCGAGCGGAUGAGUUUAUCGACGGACGAGGACGAGCAUAGCAUAGAGAUGCACCUGCCCUACAUUGCCAAAGUGAUGGAGAACUUCAAGGGCCAGUUCACGAUCGUGCCUGUGCUGGUGGGCUCGCUCACGCCCGAGAAGGAGGCGCGCUACGGCCGACUGCUGGCGCCCUACCUGGCCGACCCGGCCAACCUGUUCGUCGUGUCGAGCGACUUCUGCCACUGGGGUCAGCGCUUCCGCUACGUCAACGGCGGCGACCGCGCCAACGGCCACAUCCACGAGUUCAUCCAGCAGCUGGACCGCGAGGGCAUGGACAUCAUCGAGUCGCUGGACCCGGCCAAGUUCACGCAGUACCUGCAGCGCACCGGCAACACCAUCUGUGGCCGCCACCCCAUCGGCGUGCUGCUGAACGCCGUGGCCAAAUUGAACGAGACGCCUAACGGCCACCGGAUGAAGCUGAAGUUCCUCAAGUACGCGCAGUCCAGCCAGUGCCGCUCAAUCAACGACUCGUCGGUGAGCUACGCCUCGGCGUCGCUCAUCUUCGAAUGAUGCGGGUGGGACGGCCCCAGCUCGCAGCCGCGGGCCGCCCCAGCCGGCCCUAGCCCGUCGGCCGCCGUCCCGGCGCGCCUCACCGAACGCCACCCCGUUUUAUACCGUACGGCCGCGCCGCGUUUUUGUACACCAGCCGCGCGGACCGGCGCGGCCGGCAGCGCCGCCGGCGCGCGCGUCCGCCCCGCCCGCGUGUGGUGCCCGCCAGGCUCCUCCGGCACCAACCGCCGCACCAGUGGUGCCGGCGGGCGACGCGCGCGCCGAUGCCGGGCGGCCGCACUCCGCAGCUAAUUAUCUCAUCGACGCGUUGCACGGCCCGCGCGUGUGACUAGCUAAAUAAGACAAUACAUCAUGUAAUCACGAA